UACCUGGAAAAACCUGGAAAACCGGGAAUCCUCAGGGAAUUAUUUUUAACAUGGAAAAACCUGGAAUACUCAGGGAAAUUUCAUGGUACUCAGGGAAUUUAUUCAGUUCAUCGAAAAAAAUCGCGAUUUUUCGAUGAAAUAUUUUUCAGUGUAGCAUUUGCGCAGGGAGGCGUUUCUGAAUGGCCACGCUUUGACAUAUAAACGGUCAAAGUAAGAAAAAAGAUUGCUUCAUCUCUAUUACACACACUACUGCACACUCUCAUCUGCACACUUAAGCUCUGAGAGCAUCAGCAAAGAUUAGUCAUCUGUCAUCUGGUGCGUAAACGAAUUCAUUUUGCUAGCAGUUUUUCGAUUAAAUUUGUUGAAUUGUCCAUAUACAAUCAGAAAUCGACAUUCCAGGAUGGCUGCAUCGAACUGGACCACAGUUUUCCAACCUUGCUGGCUAGAUGAUCUUGACUUCAAAACGUGGAUUCGACAAAUCGAUCACAAGCCCAAAAGCGCAUAUUGUUCAUUGUGCAGUUCAGAGUUCUCACUCAGCAACAUGGGCAAACAAGCUUUGAAAAGCCAUAUGAGAUCCAAAAAACAUUUGAUGCGAGCAGGAGCAGGCUCUAGUUCAUUGUUGAACUUUGUAAAAUCAUCUCCGACAACAGUGUCCGUUCCAGCGACCGUGACAGAAACCGCGACUAGGUCGGAAUCCAAAUCUUCCGUAGAUAAAAGCGAACAGAAAUCUUCAAGUCGGGUGCUCAGCCAGUUCAUAAUCAAAAACGAAGUAACCGAAGCUGAAGUGCUAUGGUGUAUCCAAACAGUAAUGAGCCACAAAUCCUUGCGAGCCUCAGAGAAAGAUGUUUCGGUGCUGAAAAGGAUGUUCCGUGACAGCGAGGUAGCAAGCAAGCUGCAACUUAAAAAGGACAAGAUUGCUUAUGUCGUAAUGUACGGUAUUGCUCCGUAUUUUAAAGCAGAACUGGUUGAUCGUGUCAAUCAAUGCGAUUUUUUUGUGGCUGGGUUCGAUGAGUCCAUGAACAAAGUUACAAAGAAGCAACAGAUGGAUAUAAACAUCCGUUAUUGGGAUAAGGAUACAAACUCUGUUACAGCUCGGUAUUUUACGUCACGGUUUCUCACUCGUUCCCGAGCUACCGAUUUGUUGGAGGCCUUUCAAGAGGGACUGAAAAUGCUGGAUCUGAGUAAAAUGCUGCAGGUGUCCAUGGAUGGCCCAAAUGUAAAUUGGGCGUUCCUACGCGAAUUGAAACUAGAGUUAACAGGAGAUGCAAAGUUGCUUGAUUUGGGUAGCUGUGGACUGCAUAUUAUGCAUGGUGCGUUCAAGGAUGGUUUCCAGGCGACGGAAUGGCCGGUCGUUACGUUUCUACGAGCUUUGUAUAAUCUGUUCAAAGAAGUUCGCGCCCGGCGCGCAUUGUAUGUGCAAUAUUCAGGGAGUGACGUUUUUCCUCUGAAAUUCUGUGGUCACAGGUGGCUUGAGAAUUCGAACGUGGCUAAAAGGGCUAUUGACACUAUCGGAAACAUGCGAAAGUUUGUCGACGGAGUCAAGAAAGACAAGGUUGAGCCUAAAUGCAAAUCGUUUAGUGAUGUUGUGAAAUUUUUGAACGAUCCGCUAAUUUGUGCCAAACUAACAUUUUUCCAUUCAGUUGCAAUGAAAAUCGAACCGCUUCUUAGGAAACUUCAAACUGAUGACCCAAUGGUUCCCUUCUUGUACACUGCGAUUUGCCAAGUAAUCGUGACUCUUUGUGAAAAGUUUAUCAAGCCAGAUAAAUUAGAAAAGUCCGAUUUUCUGACUAUUGACGAUGUCAAAGAUACCGCAAAUCAACUGACAGCGAAAAGCGUUAACCUUGGCUUCGAUACCAAGAAAGCUCUGAAGGACGCAAAGGUGAAAGAACUGGAUGCUAUGAACUUUCGUAACGAAUGCAAGACUUGUUUUAAAACAAUUGUGUGCAAAUUGCUCACAAAAUCGCCAAUAACCUACCCUUUGGCGAAAGCGGCCAGUUGCUUGGAUCCUUGCCUAAUGGUUUCCAAUGCCAACAUAGCCAAACGCAGAAUGGAUAAAUUACUCUCCCUGCUGAUUGACUGUGGCAGAAUAAGCGGGCGAAAAGGUGACUUAGCUGCAAGCCAGUAUCGCGCUGUGAUCAAGCAAACAACAUUUAUUGAUUUGUGUAAGAGCUACAACCGCAAUCAUACUAGGCUGGACCAUUUUUGGUAUGAUGGUCUGGGACAGAAGUACCCUGAUUUGUUCGAAAUAAUAAAAGUUGUGUGCUGCUUGUCGCAUGGCAAUGCAAACGUUGAGAGAGGCUUCGCUGUGAAUUCGGAAUGCCUAUUUGAAAAUAUGAAGGAGGAAUCUGUUGUAGCUAAACGACAAGUGUACGAUGCGGUUUCACAGUGUGGUGGGUUGGAUAAAUUUGAAGUUAACAAGUCACUACUGCUAAUGGUUCGUAACGCUCACUCAUUGUAUGCUGAGGAUCUUGAUCGCAAGAAGACGGCAGCUGCUGAAAAUGCAUCACUGACAGCAUUGAAGAAGAAAAACGCCGCUGAAGCUCGAGGGUUAGAGCUGCAAAGGAGAAAACUACUGGAAGAUGCGCAGAAUGAAGCAAACGCACUAACUGAACAAAUAAAUUUGUUAAAAAAGUGAAAGAUUAAAAAUGUUAAUUUUUACGUUAUAUCCGCAAUAAACGAAACCAUUGUACUGUUACAUAUAUAUCGAUUAACCAGAAUUUUAUUUUG